AUGUCAUUGCGAAGACAAAGUACCAUCACAGCAUCAUCUAGUCUUCGAGGAACAAGACCUGUGAGAAGAGAUGCAUUCCCAUAUUUGGAUAAUAGAGAAAUAACUUCAUGUUUAUUAGAAUGUGAAUUUAAUGUAUCACUUGAUGCAGUUAGUAAACCAACUAGUGAAUUUAUAAUGAAUUUAUUUACAUUAUUUAUUGAAUCAUUCAUGGGAAUUGAUAAUUUGGAUGAAAAAGCAAAAGAUAUGGCUAAAAGAAGACAUGCAAUAAUUAAUCAACAAGAUACAGAAAUAGAAAAUGAAAUAAAUGGGAAUGGGAAUUCAACUGAUGAAAUUGAAGUAACAACAACAGAUCAUUUACUUACACUAUUUCGAUUUGCUCAAAAGUUUUUUCAAAAUAUAGGAGUAAAUGACUUAACGUUACCUGAUUUAUCACGUCCAGAGCCUUUAAAUACAAGAAGACUACUAAGUGCAGUAGUGAACUACCUCAGGUUUAGAGAAAAUAUAUCAAAUGAUUUUGAACAAAUGGCAUUAGAAGCAGAAGAAACCACUGCUCGUAUACGGAAUUUACAAGACUCAAAUAAUAACAAAAUACAACAAAUUAAUGACCUAGAAAGGAAAUUAAAAUUCAAAGAUAAUGGUAAAAGUAAUGAGCCAAGAACUGAUUUACAAUAUGUUUAUAAUUAUAAUAAAAAAUUAGAAUCAAAAUUAAGAGAAUUGAAAUUAUUACAAGAACAAUUAACGAAACAACAUGAUGAUUAUAAAUCUGAAAAAAAUUUAUUAGCUACAGAAUUAUAUGAUUCUGGAUUUAUAUGUGAUGAAACAGCAGGACAAAUUGAAAAUUUAAAAGCUUAUAAAGAAAAAGAUAUAGACAAUCUAAACACUAUAGUGGAUGAUUUAGAACAAGAUUUAGAUGGAAUUGUAAAAACUUAUAAAACCUUUGAUGAACAAUAUCAAAAUUUAGGUAAAACAAUAAAUUCAAUAGAAAAUAAUGAAAAAAUAAUAAACUACCUUAUAUUAUUAUCAGAAGAAAUUUUAAGAUUAGUACAAGAAGAAGAUUAUGAAAAUAAUCAAGUUAAAAUAAAUAAUGAUAAAUUAAAAGAUUUAAAUAUUGAAUCAAAUGAUUUACAAAAACAAAUUGAAUUUAAAAAUGAAAUUUUAAAAAAAUAUGCAAAAAAAUAUCAAGAUUUAGAUGAUCAAUAUUAUAAAAAGCAAUCAUCAUUAACUUUAAAAUUAAGAGAAGUAAAUGAAAACCUUGAAGAAAUAAUGUCUACAAAAUCAAAACAAAAUGAUGAACAUAAAUUAAAAUAUAAAAUUAUUUUAAAAAUUAAAAAGGAAACUGAUGAAUUAAUUAAUAAUUUUAUAAAAGAAGUUAAAGUUAAUGAAAUUAAAUUAAAUCAAUUAAAAAAUUCUUUACAAAGAUAUAUGGAGAAUUUAAAAGAUAAAAUUGAGUAA